UGGAAACAAGAGUAGUCUCUGGGCACACUGAAGUCUCCAGCUCAGUCACCCAGCCGGCCUGCCCUGUAGGAGGCGUUGUGCCAAGGAAAGUAGGUCUCGGGCAGAGCCCAGCGCAAUCGCCCAACUUGCCCGCCAAACAGGGGUCGCACUGCUGAAUCUGGUGUGUCGCAACACGCCUUGCGGCAUAACUCAGAGCCCAUAUCUGUGACGUGUUACUUAGUCGACCCCGGUAGGGGGUGGUGUGGGAAGUGAAUCGGCUUCACUCUUUGUUAGGAGAACGAGUGGGAGACGAAGGAGGUCGAAGAGGAGGCCAAGACUGGGCAAGGACGGAAGUAGGACUGAGCGAGGAGGUGAGGGGCCGGUUGGGAAGUGGCUACCGCUUACAACAGUAGCGGUGGGGGAAUCUGCUGACUAGGCCGCGGCAGCCAUGGCCUUAGACUUAGGGGACGUCAGGAGUGGUUUCCGCCACAUCGAGGUAGUCAUGUUCAUCAACGAAGAGGUGCUCAAUAAUGGCGGCGGCCCGGACUUCUACUUGACCUUCCGCUCGCGGCCCUGGAACGAAAUAGAAGAUGAGCUGCGAUCCAUUAUAGCUGACCCUCACGUGCCACAGGCCACCAAGAGGGCCUGUACCUGGAGCGCGCUAGCUUUGAACGUGCGUGUGGUCGCGAGGCAGCUGGAGCAGCAGGCGUACGGGGUCUCGCGGCUGCAGGAGCAGAUGGAAGAGCGCGAGACGGCUGCCUGGGCUCUGGCUUCCCAGCUGCAGAGGCUACGCAAAGAGCGCGAUUUGCUGGUCUCCCAGUUGCGUGGAGUGCGGGAAGACCUGCGGCAGGCGCUGAAUGACUGCGAAUCUAUGCGCCGCUGGCAGCCGGCAGAGAGGUGGUCCCAGGAGGUUGUAACAGAGUCUCGACCCCAGCGGCUCGGGUAUGAUGUGUGGCCUAUGAAUGCGGAUGAGCGAAACAAGGUGCUAGUUGAAAUGAGGCAGCGUAGGAAGGAUGUGGAUUCCCAGAGGCAGGAAGCCCAGAUGGUAUCGACAACGGGUGUGCCCUAUGUGCCAGGAUCUACAAGUCCCUGGGCCCAGGUUGUCGAAGCCCCUCUGCCAAUGCCAUUCCCAAUGGCGGUACCCACCACCUCCCGCAGCCAUAGUGGUUUCAGGAGGAACAGUAGCAGGAACCGAAUUCCCACCCCAGAUGCCUACUGGGAUGAUCUACCCACUUGGCAUGUGGCCUGCAGUUGGGUCCCAGGAGGAGAUGGCUCUUCAGCUGAACCAGAGAAUCCAAGGCCAAGAGAAAGGUCCUGUGAGGCCCCACUUCGUAAACCCCUCAGGGCACAGCUGGAGCCAAGAAGACCAAAGGAAGCAGCAACCUCAGGGACAGGUGCCCACACUACCAAAAGCUCCAGGAACAUUAUAUGAAGUUGAAAAAGCUCCAGCUCCCAUUGUGUGAAUUCUCACAAAAUACCCUUCUGGCUCUCAGCAAGCAGCCUUCACCUCAAUGAGACCUCAACUGGCUAGAGCUAAAAAAGAAUGUGAAGGAAUCUGGCACACAUCUUGGAACAAGGAAGAGCAGGCAGAUUUUUAUUAGAAUGUAAUGCUUCUGUUGGGGAAAAGGGAUUGACAGCACAGUUCAAAGAGGAUUUGGAAGAUAGUGUUAAAUUUUAGAUAUUAUAGCAAUUUUAUUGCAUGUCAUUCAUUAAUUAAACAGUUAUUAAUUGUCUAAUAUGUGUUAGGAACUACAAUUAUAUGUUAUUAUCUGGUGCACACAUUAUAACCCAGUUAGGUGAGUUUUGAUUAGAUGACAGGAGAAAGCCUAAUUUGAGAUGCAGUGUAGACCAGGGGUGUUUACUUUGUUUAGCAUGUACUGUGGCUUUUGAGUGAACCCAACUGAAAUAAUGUCAAGAUCCAUUUCUACAGUUCUGGAGGCAAAGUGAGAGAGACUUUCAUGGAAGGACUUGAAUAACUGAAUAGCUCAUCACAUCAAUCCCAGUGGAGACGAAUGUGCAGUGGCAAAUAUAGGGAAAGUGGCCUCACAAUUAUGGGAGCAGGACUUUUCUGAUACUCUUGCUGAUUUCCUCCCUUGAGAGGGACAGCUAUCCUGGUUGUCUGAAAAACCGCUGGGUGACUGUCUUAAAGAAGGACAGUGCUUGGGCUUCAGCCUCGGCCACUUUCACUAUACACUCAAGGCUUCAGCCGCGGCCACUUUCAUCUCAAGUCCCUUUCCAGUCAAGAGUGGAUGAAGAACAAAAUGGAUUCCAAGGACAGACAUCAUGCUAACAUCAUUGGGACAUCAUUGGGAGGACUAAUUGGAUUAAAAAUAGAAUGGACUGGGACGGGCACUCUUGAGAAUGCCCCUGGGCCCCUUGUCAUCCACUUGGUGUGUUGUUUGUUCUCUGGACUCCCCAGAGGCAGGUGAAGCCAAGGGGGUGGGAAAUUAGAUCAGCUUUCAGUCUGAAAAAGAUGGCCUAAAGUUUGCCCCUUGAGAUCCCAGU